AUGGACAAUAAUACAGAUAAAGAAGAACAACAAUCGAAAUCUUUAGGAAAUAAACGAUAUUCAAGUUUAUCUAUCAUAUCAUCAAAUAAAGAAAAAUCAAGUUUACUUUUACCUCAUGUGAUUCACUUUGGAUGUGACCAACAUUCAGGAAAUGAAUUAUGGGAUACAUCCUAUUUUUUUUCAAUACUUUUUGAACUCUUAGAUGAAUAUAAAGAUAAUAUUCAAGAAGAAUCUCGUCUUACCGCUUUUAUUCUAUGUCGUCUCGAUGAAAUUAAUUUUAAUUCACAAAUACCCUUAAAAUUACUUAUUCAAGUAUUAAAAUAUUUUCAUACAAUUCGUUUAAAAAUUCUUAUUCUACUCGAAUUUUUAAAUAUAUGUGAAACAAUUGAUUGUUCUCAAGCUCUUAUGUUAUUAUGGCAAUUUUCAACUUAUGGUUAUAUGACAUUAUUUUAUGUAUUAGAUCGAAUUAAAUUUUCAAUUAUUGAUAAAGAUAUUGAAUGGAAAUCAUUAUUAACUAUCUUUGAACCACUGGAAAAUAAGAAACAUGCAGCUUAUAUUAUAUUAGACAAAACAAAUUUUUACAAACCAAAUCAAGCAACAAUUGUUUUCGGAUCAAAAAGACUCAAACGAUACUUUUAG